ACAUUAAGUGCUUUUUGCUGCACCCUUUCCAUACAGAGUAAGACACAAUAUGGUGCAAUUUAUUUACGAUAUUUGAGAGAUUGUUUCCACUUAGCGGUCAAGAAACCGCCAUACUAUUCACACGGACUACAUGGUGGUAUCAUCAAAUAAAAAUAAUCAAGGUAAUUAAGUUUUGUAGUUUGACAUUGCAGAAUGAAGCUUGCUGUUCAUUGGUUGAUGUUUUCCAACUUUCAGUCAUGUCUGCUCAUGAUUCGCAUCCUCUAUAUGAGUCGCUCUCCGUGGUGCUGAACUUAAGUUUGUUAAGCUUUAAAUUACCAAAACACGAUGCAAAACAAAACUCUGUUUAGGUGGACAGUGUUUGCAAAUAUAUGUAUCCAUAUGAUUUGCAACAACUGUUGGACAACAUGUUUAAGAUUUUAUCAUUUAUGCUCAGAAAAAACUUUUAGUGAAACCUUUGCAUUGACUUUGCUCUUUGGAUCCAAAAAAAGAAAAAAAAAAAGGAAAAAAAAACACCUUAAAAUAUAUUUCAGUAUUUACAAUGAUAACAAUAAUAAAUAUACAUAUGAAAAUAAAUACAAUUUAAAUAAUAAAAAAAAAUGAAAUAAAGGACUAUCACGACUCUGAGGCCCUUGAUUGAAUUUUCCGUUACUUUCCAAAAACCAGCUGUAUUACGAAUAACACUUCAGUCAUGUUUUGUUAAUUUCAGAUAUGAGUAGACUGAACAUUUGUCUUUGUGAUUUUACUUUUUGACUUCUGCUUCAUGUUUAAGGAGAAUUCAGAACGAAUAUGUCUUUCCAGUGUUAUUUUGUUUUAUGUACGGUAGCAUGUACUCGUAUGUCCACAUGGGGACACUGUAGACCAUCACAUUUGGACGGUGUCUUCAGUAGCUCAGGGCUCCUCCCAGAGUCAGCGGAUGACGCAUCUGUGGGCUUUGUUACAAAGAGACGUCGGGCGACAAAGAACGGUCGUCUUGUUUGCUCGUGGAAAUGAAAUACUUGUUCGGAAUACUUCUUCCUUGAUUUUGAUCUCCUCGAGGUUGUAACAUAUUGCUCAGAUUUGCCUCCAUGCUCCUUCUCGAUGUGUGGAAUGAUGCAUUUGCCGAGCAGAAGGAGCUGUGUGUGGAUAUAUCUCCUGUUCGUGCUGCUGGAUUGUUACUGGGAAGCGGUGUCUGGGCAGCUCUCUUACUCCGUCUCAGAGGAGGUGAAUCUGGGGACUGUUGUGGGAAAUAUAGCGAAAGAUCUCAACAUCAAUGUCCAGGAUUUGGAGUCCCGCAUGUUUCAGAUCGUUGCUGGAUCAAAGAGAAAAUAUUUCGAGGUAAAUCUAAAGACUGGUGUCCUGUAUGUUAAUGAGAGGAUUGAUCGAGAGGAACUCUGCGGCGAUGAAGCAAAAUGUUCCCUCAGUGUAGAAGCAGUGAUUAAUAACCCUUUAAAACUGUACCGGAUUGAAAUUAUAAUCUUAGAUGUGAAUGAUAAUUCCCCGUCAUUUCUGAGCCCGUCACAGGUAUUCAACAUUACAGAGAACACAGCAGCCGGGGUUAAAUUUCCUCUUCAUCCUGCUGACGAUGCAGACGUCGGUAAAAAUACUGUUAACAGCUACAAGCUGAGCCAAAAUGAGCACUUUUCUCUCGUCACACAUAAAGGAGAGAGUAUAUCUCCCGAAUUAUUGCUUCAGAAAGUUUUGGACAGAGAAAAGCAGUCUGUGAUCCGACUCACACUGACUGCUAUUGAUGGAGGAACUCCUGUUAAAUCUGGCACUAUGGUAAUUAUAGUUAAUGUGUUGGACAUUAAUGAUAACGCUCCUGUAUUCAGUCAAACUCUGUAUAAAGCCAGUGUGUAUGAAAAUGUAAAGUUAGGCACAUCGAUAAUAACAUUAAAUGCUAGUGAUCUGGAUGCAGGUCAAAAUGGACAAGUCUUGUAUUCACUCAGUAAAGUAGGCAGAGGGAAACAACCUGAUCUGUUUGCUAUAGAUGAAAAAACUGGAACUGUAACAAAUAAAAAGAAUAUCGACUUUGAAGAAAAUAAUGCUUUUGAGAUUCGAGUACAAGCCAGUGAUGGAGCUGUUUUCCCUAUGACCUCAAAUGUCAAAUUAUUGAUUGAAGUUUUAGACGUCAAUGACAAUGCCCCUGAAAUUUCAGUUACAUCACUAUUAAAUGCAGUCAAGGAGGAUGCGUCCAUCGGCACAGCCAUUGCACUAGUUUCAGUAUCUGAUAAAGACGGGGGUAAAAAUGCGAUGGUGAACUGUAAAAUCUCCAAUAAUGUCCCAUUCAAAUUAGAGUCAAAUUAUAAGAAUUACUACUCGUUGGUGGUGGACGGUCCUCUGGACAGAGAGAGCUCAGCUGAAUACAACAUCAGCAUCACUGCUACUGAUGAGGGCAGCCCACCUCUCUCCAGCACGAGCGUCAUUAAUGUCCACGUCUCAGAUGUGAAUGAUAACAAACCUCUAUUCACAGAAAACAUAAUCAAUGUCUAUGUGAAAGAAAACAGUCCAGUAGGAGCAGUUUUAAAAACUGUUUCAGCAAUUGAUGCUGACAUCGAUCAGAAUGGUCAGGUGAGCUAUUCAGUUUUACAAAGUAACAGUAACUCACUGCCGUUAUCUACAAUGGUGAACAUCAACUCAGAGACUGGAGAUAUAGUCAGCCUGCAGUCUUUUAACUAUGAGGAGUUGAAAACGUUUCAGUUUAAAGUUCAGGCCACAGACUCUGGUGUUCCUCCGCUCAGCAGCAACGUGACUGUCAACGUUUUAAUCCUGGAUGAAAAUGACAAUAAUCCAACAAUUCUCGCGCCAUAUUCUGAGCACGGCUCCGUUAACAGUGAGAGCAUCCCCUAUUCUGCUGAAGCAGGAUACUUUGUGGCAAAGAUCAGGGCUGUAGACGCAGACUCUGGAUACAAUGCGUUGCUCUCUUAUCACCUCUCUGAGCCCAAAGGAAACAACCUCUUCCGCAUCGGAACCAGCACUGGAGAAAUCAGGACUAAGAGGAGAAUGAGUGACAAUGACCUGAAAACUCAACCCUUGCUGGUGUUGGUGUCUGAUAACGGAGAACCCUCCCUGUCAGCUACUGUGUCUAUUGAGGUGGUGGUGGUUGAGAGCACAGCUGACAUCCAGACUCAGUUCAGACAUGUGCCCAUAAAGGAGGACAGCUUCUCUGCGCUGAACCUCUAUCUGCUGAUCGCCAUUGUGUCGGUGUCAGUCAUCUUUCUGCUCAGCCUCAUCAGUUUAAUAGCUGUCAAAUGCCACAGGACAGACGGCACUUUCAGCAGGUACAGCGCCCCAAUGAUCACCACCCACCCUGACGGGAGCUGGUCUUACUCCAAAGCUACUCAGCAGUAUGACGUGUGUUUCAGCUCAGACACACUCAAGAGUGACGUAGUGGUUUUCCCUGCACCGUUUCCGCCUGUAGAUGCUGAGCUGAUCAGCAUUAAUGGAGGAGACACUUUUACCAGAACUCAGACUUUACCUAACAAAGAAAAGGUAAGAGUUUAA